AUGACGGUGAAAUCCUAGUUUCAAAUACACAAUAUUCAUACAACACAUAGAAAAUCGAUGCUAUCUGCUCUGUUUACCAAAUCACAGUUCACGAAUCGACGUGCUGGAAAUGUCGAUGAACUUCCACAACCAAGAACUCAAAAAAAUUCAGCUUGGAUGCCGUUUUUGGCUGCAGCUUGUGUAGGUGGUGUCUUAUUCGUCAUUGCUGCUGCUAUUGUAAUUGGGUUGAUUCCUCUAUAUUUACCAACAAAAGAUGCUGGUACCGCUACUAAUCAAAAUAGCAAAGUGAGAUAUUUUAAUGCAUCAUUUGCCACCAAUAUUGAUAACGGUGGAUCACCACUUCAAUUAACAGGAUAUGACUCAUUAAAUAAACAAAUUAGUGGUUCACUUGACAUCAAAAGUACAACAAUUAGCGUUCAAGAUGCCUAUAUUGGUACUGCUGUGAGUAAAAAGAAGAAGAAACGUCAAACAAGGUUCGUUUUUUAUAUAACAUACUUUGCCAAAAAGUANAAUAAACAAAUUAGUGGUUCACUUGACAUCAAAAGUACAACAAUUAGCGUUCAAGAUGCCUAUAUUGGUACUGCUGUGAGUAAAAAGAAGAAGAAACGUCAAACAAGUAAUGGACUAUCAUGUGGCAAAGUCCUAACUGGAAACCAAGCUACUACCAAUGGACAAAGUAGCCGGAUAUCUAUUUCAUUUUAUAUUAAUUCAUGUCCCAAAGCUACAUGUCAAACUGAUCAUUGUCUUGAGAAAUGUUCAAGUGAAAUUAAAUCAAAGAUACAAACAGUAUUCGGUUCGGGUUCAUUAUCAUUAAAUAUUCAAUUAACAAACGGAACAACUCUUAACGCACCAGUUCUGUUUUGUUCCUUCAAUGAAAUCGUAUCAUUAGCAACAACUUCUACAACCAGGACAACUGCAUCAUCUACAACAACAACAACAACAACAACAACAACAACAACAACAACAACUGGCUCCACCACAACUACUACGACAGAUACAACUAGUACAACGGAUAGUACUACCAGCACCACCACGGAUACCACUACUACUACUACAGACACCACUACUACAACGGAUACCACUACCACCACAACGGAUACUACUACCACCACAGAUACAACUACAACAUCAGACACUUCUACCACUACUACAGACACCACUACUACAACGGAUACCACUACCACCACAACGGAUACUACUACCACCACAGAUACAACUACAACAUCGGACACUACUAGCACUACUACGGAUACUACCACAACGACCACUUAA